AUGAUCCGCAGCGUGCGGGAGCUCGUGGCCCCUGAGGACGUGGGGGUCGCCCUCCCCCACGACCAUGUGCUGCACAACAUCGGGGCUGUAGCUGCAACCAAUGGGGACCUGGAGAUCCGCAUGGAAGACUUGAUGGACUUCCGUCGCGCGCCUUUCGCCCAUGGGGGGCGCAACCUGCUGCUCCAGAAGGAGGACGAGGCGUUCCGAGAGCUCGAAAGGCUGCAGCAACAUAAGCUCCACAAGCUCAAGCCGUUGGUGGUGGACGUCACGCUGCCGACUGAAGGACGCGAUGCACUGGUGAAAGAGCGGCUGCGAUUGGCCGAGAGGUUGAAGGACCUGCAUCUACUGACGGUCGCGACGUUCGAGGUGGAGAAGCUCAAUGAGAAGUUUUGUAUCGGGUUGUCGCCCCAAGAACAGAGUGAACGCGUUGCCAAGACGCUGGAGGCCGAGCUGGUGUUCGGUAUUGAGGGUGCGGGAGUGGUGGCGUUCCCCGGGGCCAUGUACCAGCAGAUCCACGUGAAGAGUGGGGGGCUACUUACGGCGAAGGAGGAGAUUCUGGUGCAGGGACUCGCGUUGGCCCAAGCACGGACCCAUGCGCCGCUGUAUCUGUCGUUUUCCAUUGACGAGGCUGCGGGAAGUGCUGAGCUUGAGCAGGCGAUUCGAACUUGGAUUCGGAAUCUACUGGAUGCAGGUGCGGAGAGCAAGAAGCUAGUCGUUUGUCACGCUGAUCGCUGGUGUCGAGGAGACGUUCAAGGAGCUGGUUAUGCGUUUCUGCUCGAGUUGCUUGGAUUGGGUGUCUCGGUCUUGUUUGAUCUCGUUGGCCUGCUGGCUGUGAGUGACUCAAGAUAUGUUUCGCAGAUUCUCCUCUCAACCAACGUUUAUCAGCGGAUCCAGUAUCGCCGCUAUGGUGGAGGGGGAUACACAUACCUCUUUGAAAAGUUUAAGCACCGUCUCCUACGUCAAGGCGUCGCUGAAAUUCAAUGGGACGAGAUUGUGAGAGCCAAUGUUGUGAACUUACUGGCCUGGUACGUGCCUCCAGAGGCCCCACCAAUCCCGAAAAACUACCUGCAGUGUUCCAUCUGCGAGAACUACUUCGAGCCGAUCGAGGGAGAAUACUUCACCAAGUUCACGUUCACGUACUGCGGAACCAAGUGUCUUCGCCGUCAUAGUCGGCAAAAGUUUGCUCCGCUUCCAGCUAAGAAGUGA